AUGCUUUUAAACAGAUAUCUCGUGUGUUGCGUGCUGGUGACGCUCUUUCACUGUAUAGUUACAUCUGUGGCCGGGGCUGAUGCCACACUGAAUCGUCCCCUUUUCAGCAAGUUCGCUGCUCCUGAAAACUCGCGUGACAUAAGGAAAUUCAUCGUCAAGGCUGUGCAACAGCGGCAAAUUCCUCCCGAGCAUGCCGGUCUCUUGCGAUGUGACCAGCGGGUCAGAAACUCGCCUGCCGGUCGACAAUCGGCGUCUGUUGACACCCCGUCAGCAUUCCGUAGGGAUUCUGGCCACCGAAAGGUGAACUCUCGUCAUGAGAGGCGAAAUAUGAGUUUGAGGAGACAUGGUUUUUCUAAACGUACGACGGAUAACGCACUCUCGAGACAAUGGGGCUAUGAGCAAGCUGUCAGUGUUGCAGCUCGUCGUGCCCCCAAAACAGAUCUUGAGAUCGAGGGCAUCCUCAAGUGGACUCGUCCAAGUGACAUUCGCCAAGCCAGGCAUGCCACCAAUCGUGACGCCAGUUUUUUGGGUCGAUAUAAGUCAAUACCGCAGAUUGAUAAGCCGUCGAGCCUGUUUGAGAGUGCAGCUAUAACGAAAUCGAAUGGAGGCCAGAAGGAUAGUGGCGGACAGGUGAAGGAUACAGAAUCUCAUCACCUGCCAAGCUCCUUGGGGUAUGACAAGAAGCGUGCGCCAAGGACACAGUCACGACAAAGCUUGGCGUCUUCCUUCCGCGGCCUCACCAACGGUUUCAGUUUCACGUUCGUUCUCGGGAUAUGCUGCAUGUUUCUCCUUCUUCUAGCUAUCAUUUGCGUGUUCUGUCAGGUCAGGGCAGUGGUAAGGGAGCUAUGGAAGCUAACUGAUUUCCUUGUCUCCACGAAUGAGUUACCGUUUGUGGUCGUGUGA